ACCUAGCAACUAGUAGCAAAGAUGGUACAAGUCGAAGAUCGCGCCAUUCGGACAUGAUAACGUCUACCUGACGAUCCAGUUGUAUGGAUACGCUUUCGGCUCGACGAAAAAAUAGUUGUUUGGAAUCUUUUAUGCGAUUGUUUUUUCGGAUCAAAUUCUCGCAUAAAUGCGGCAUUCAUUUGGCCGAAAAUUAAUUUGGAAAAAUUCUUGCUCAAAUUAUUUCUUUCGCGGUAAGACGUACGAGUAUUUUAGACAAAUCGUGAUACGUACGCGGUGAAGUGAAUUUUCGCGGUGUAUAUAGUUUUUUGUUUGUUUUUUUUUUACGUAAUCGUUUCAAGUGCCAUUUUUUUCAAUAAUUUUUCCGUUCGUAAUUUUUGUUUUGUUAAAUUAUGUAUGUGAAAAUAAUAUUAAUAGCAUGUGUCACUUUUGUGUGCGGUGAUUAUGAGGAUUCGUUGAAACCUACGAUCAAGACUAAACGGCAACUCUACCGUGAGCAGCUUUUACCCCAUAAAGGAGGGAAAAUACCAGAUGGUGCUUUUCAAGUGGACAGGCUGGCGUUAAAUCGUCUAAAUAAAGAAGGAAUUUCGAUCCCGGAUGGUAUCCUGUUCGAACAGAGGCCCCGCGAAUCGCAUUACCAAGAUUCCAGAGUCGACCCAGACAUUGCUCGUAGUAUCAUAAGAUUAAAGCAAACGCCUGACGGACGUUAUACGCCCGCCGAAGGUCGAUAUCCUACGUUCGAGAAUGAGAUCGAGUCCACUUACGUGAUACAGCCGCCUUAUUUCGGCCACCACGAAGUUUUACCGUCUUUUAGACCAAAACCUGGAGGUUCGCUUCAGAUACCGGCUAGAUUAAGUUAUAGUAAAUUAUUCAAGGAUAGGAAUCCUUGGUAUAGUGAUCGACUUAAUCAUAAUUCAUUUUUAACGGAUCAUCAGCAAUGGCCAUCAUCAAUUUGGGGCUCCUAUGUACCAGAAAUAUACUUCAAUGGUAUAGGUUUUGAAAGUGAACGUAACAAAGGAUACAUUCCAGAUUUUCCCUCCCUGACAGAUAUCCCAUUGACAUCAUUCGUUUGCGACAGGUCCGGUAAAAUGUAUCCAGAUCCAGAAGCAAAAUGCCAGGCUUUUCAUUUGUGCCAUUAUAAUGGUCAGAAAGAAACUUUUUUAUGUCCACCCGGUAACAGAUUCGAGCCUUUGACCAACGAAUGUACUCCGUGGUAUAAAGUAAAUUGCGUUCCUUCAUAUUAACUGCCAUGCCAUCAAAGUAGGGCCGUUUACCAAUUAGUUAAUUAUUAUUAUUAAUUUAUCGAUUGUACUGAUCGUUUUUGUGUACAAAAAAUUUCAUUAUAUUUUUUAAUAUUGCGUACCGUU